AUGGAGAAACAGCAUGAAAUAUCGAUACACGUGGGAGGAUCAGCCACCAAGGAGCGUCCCGUAAGUGCCCGGAUCCGAUGGGCGACCGAGAGCUCGUUUCGCACAGCCAGUGCGGUUCCGAACAUGGAGGUUGCUGGCUUGCUGGCUUGCUGGCUCCUCGACGGUGCAGGAGGCGUCGCGAGUUGGUAUGGAGCACUCAGACUCAAUUGCACUCACACUCGGCCGGUUGCCAUGGCGCGCGUGGGCGUUGGACAAGGUUGGUGGAGGAGGAGGGUCAGCGGACUGCAGCGAUUCGCCGAGGGCGCUGCAACGGACCCGAUGCAGGCAAAGUCAGAUGGCCUAGGAGGUCUAGAUGUCUAG